CCCACCCGUUCUGCAUGCUACCUGGGAUCGACGAGAUAUAUUUGCCGAGGCUCAGGCCGGACUCAUUUGCUGUCGUCGUAUUUUUGCUUAAUCUCAGCAGUUUUCUCAAUCCGCUACCGGUCGCCUCAUAAUGGUCCCCACUCCAACAUGGACAAGAGCUUAGCGCCCAAUGCCGUCCGCGGAGGGGGCCAAAAUUCUGAGCGAGACACAGUAAAGGAGAAGAAAAGGAAAUGUGUUCCCUUGGCUUGCACUGCCUGUCGCCGGAGAAAAAGCAAAUGUGACGGAGCGACUCCAUGUUCCUCUUGUUCAGCAGUCUACAAGACCGUGUGCAACUACGAUGCAGACAAACCUUCCACUAAGAAACGAAACUUUGAAGAGCAUGAGACUUCAACGCCAGAAGCGCUCAGUUCGCUGGUCACUUCCUUGAAAAGCCUUCCAGAAAAUGAAGCGGCGACCCUCAUUAGGCAGAUCCAAGGUUGCGAUAAUAUCGAAGCACUGGCUAAGAACCUGCAAACCGUCAACCUUAACCAGGCUCGAUCCGACUCUCAAGGACGGGCCGCCCCCGCUCCCGAAAACGUAGUCAAGUCUCAUUCCGAUGGCGUCAGGCGUUAUGGUUCCACAUCAAUGUUUUCUUUCCGGGCCGAAGAUAUACAACAACAGGAAGACAAUUGGCAGGUACCUACCGAACCUCACCAUGGAAACCAGACCUGGACGGCUGUUACGACAGACAUUGAGUUCGUUUACCAUAUACUCAGGCUCUACUUUACGUGGAGUCAUCCAUUCCAUCCGGUUGGACUUAAAGAGCUAUUCUACGAGGCGUUCCAGGAGGGAACCACGCGGCACUGCAAUGCUUUGUUGGUGAAUGCAAUAUUGUCUUAUGGCUGCCACUAUUCAGACAGACCAGAGGCACGCGAAAACCCCCAAGAUCCCCGCACAGCUGGCAACAGAUUCUUCGCUGAAGCUCAGAGGCUCCUCCACUGCAUUGAGACAUCCUCUAUUCCCACGGUGCAGGCAGUUGCGAUUAUGAGCUUGAGAGAAAUCUCACAAUGUCGUGACAGUAGUGGCUACCGAUUAAUUCGACAGUGCAUGGCUAUGGCGAUAGAGCUUGGUCUUCACCUUGCUCUUCCUCCUGAAGAGGAAGCAAAGCUGGACUCGAGGGAACUAGUAGACCGUAGUUUUGCAUUCUGGGGCUGUUUCGUUAUCGACGUUCUUUGGGGUCUUUGUAUAGGGCGUGUUUCUUCCCUACCUAGUUCUGCCAUCACCCUGGACAAAUCUACUUUGGCGAAUUAUGUCGAGUCACCUGCAUGGGAGCCAUAUAAUGAUUCGACGGCCGCAACACCGGCAACGAUACUGUUAGGGCCUACGGUGCCCCAAUUCCUUUAUCACUUCGCAAGUCUUUCAGAAAUAAUGAACGAAAUGGUGUUCAUCUGUUACGCCUCUAAAAGCCAAGCCACGUCCGCAAAAGUGCUAUCAUGCUGGACGAGCUAUCAGUCCUGGUAUCAAACACUUCCACGAGAAUUGAGCCUAGAUGUGAAACAUCUUCCAACGCAUACGGCACCUUUACCACACGUUCUGCUUCUUCAUAUGUGCUAUCAUUGUUGCGUCCUUCAACUUUUCCACUUCUUUGCAAACGUCAUACUUAACAGCACCAACCUCAAACCGCGGGAGAUACGCAGUCAGUCUGCAGGGACAAUCUCAGAUAUCAUGGGAGUCUACCGAAACACGUAUGGUGUUCGCUGUGGUGCGCAGUUGACAAUGCAUGUCCUCAUAUGGGCUUGUAUCGCACACCUCCAUGACUGCCCUUCGGAAGCUGCGUCUCGUAAGCUUCUUCAGGGGAUAGAGGACCUCUACGGAGUAUCCACAAACCACCCGUUCGCAGCGGAGUGCGUCAUGAUCAUUCAUCGUUAUGCGCAAAAACUCAACAAGUCACUCCCCGUGGGCGCAUCACAUAUUAUCACUUCCAUACAAUUUGGAUUUACGAAGGCAGACAACAACCCUGUCGGGGUCUCAUCGAAUAACCUUUCCAUUGCAAAACCUUGGAGUCGACAAGGAAGCAAAGUGUAUCCACUGAGUAUGAAAGGAAAACUCGCAAUCGACAAUUGCGUCCAGGAAGAAACGACCAAUGUUCCGGGUAGCUUUGAUGUUAGUGCCUCUUCGGAUUCCAGCACGCCUCCAGUACUGCCAUCUACCGUGUUUUUCAAUCCACAGGGCGUUUUUCCAGCUUAUUCCCUAUCUCCAAUGUCGUUGCAAACACAGAGCUUCUCUUGGCUACCACUUGUGCAGCCAGAAGUAUCUUUUUUCCCUGGUUUGGAAUCGAGUUCUCUAGAGCUAGGAUCAUCUAACACUACGCGGACUGCCUCAACACGAGGCUCCAUGUUGGAUCAGAUACAGGGAUAUUCGAACAACACGGAUACGUCUUUCUACGAACAUCAUCUUCAAUGCAGCUGGCCACAAACCGAAUAUGAACACACUAUAAAAGAUCGAGCUCCAGAGAAUGAAUGGGAAAGUCAUUCCAAAACCAGCGGACGCGUCCCCGACCAAGAUCAAUUGCACCACGGGGACUACAAUUCCUGCAAGCCACACGAUCAAGCGACCUCUGUAUGGAGUGCCCAAAGCACCUCACAGAUUACAGAUAUGGAUCAUGAUACCAGUGUCCAUCGAACGUGUACAGGCUAUGCACCAAGUCAGUGGUACCCCUUAAGACCUGGUUGAUUACCACCAUUCUUAAACAUGCGCUUGGUAUCAUGACCCGCACCUCAUCUUUGCUCAAAUAAACAUUAAUCGGUCCAAUUUCGCCGCGGGGUAUUUGGGCCUGUCAUCCAGCCAACAGUUUUCCCUCCCAAGUAGCCGACCUGACCAACAACAGGUGCUGUCAGUGCUUCUAUGACGGGCCCCUGGAUUUUGUCGCGGAGUGUGACAGAAAAGUUAAUAUCUCCCCUGUGUUGCUUGGAGACAUUUAAAUGUAUGGCAUACAGGCCAGAGUCAUAAUGGAGACUCGAUUAUUGACAGCACAUAAUUGGUCAUUACUAUAUACAUCUAAGACGUGAGGAGAUACUCCAAUUUACACCGG